AUGUGGAACUCGCGCCUCUUUGAAUUCGGUGCGGUCCUCUUCCUGGCCGACAUCUUCCCAGGCACCCUCCUGCCCAUGUCAGUGUAUGCUUUGGUGAGAGGGUUCGCCGCCGUCCUGUUUGCGCAGACGGUGGGAUCGUGGGUCGACAAAGGCAACCGACUCCAUGUCGUGAGGGCCUCCAUCAUUGGGCAGCGUGCCUCCGUCAUCGCCAGCUGCCUCGUGCUCUGGGCGAUGGAGACGAGGGAUCUCAGUGAAAAGGCAAAGACGGGCCUGUUUGGAGUGUCCGUCAUUCUUUCCUGUGUCGAGAAGCUCAUGGCGGUGAUGAACACGGUGGCUGUCGAGAGAGACUGGGUCGUCGUCAUGACCGAGGACAACACGUACGCCCGACGAUUGCUCAAUGCUCGGAUGAGGCGCAUCGAUCUCAUCUGCAAGCUUGUCGGCCCUUUGGUCAUCUCAAACGUGGCCAUUGCAUCAACCGUCAUUGCCAUCUACACCACUCUCGCCAUGAGUGCCGUCUCCGUGCCCAUUGAGUACAUCUGCAUCGAGCAGGUCUUCCGCUUCUUCCCGGCACUUGCACAGCGCAACAUCCCACUGGAGAGCAAUGAGGAGCCACGUUCGCUGUGGAAGCGCCUGACGUACCGCGUGCUGCCCAUCUCCUCUCUGCCCUUCUAUUUCCGCCAUCCGGCCUUCAUACCCUCCUUCAGUCUCGCGCUGCUCUAUCUCACCGUGCUCUCGUUCUCGGGCCAGAUGAUCACAUGGCUGCUGGCUGUUGGCUACACAACGACCUAUGUCGGCGUGGCCCGGACUGUGAGCACCGUUCUCGAGCUGUCUGCUACGUGGAUCGCGCCGCGCCUGAGCAAGAAGAUUGGCGCCGUGCGAUGUGGGAUAUGGAGUCUGUCCUGGCAGAUGAUCACGUUGACGGCGGGCGUCGCCUGGUACUACGCCGACUUUUUCAGCACUGGCAAGCCGCACCUAAUCGCAGCCACCGGGUUGACGCUCUUUGUGGCCCUCAGCCGGGUCGGUCUCUGGGGGUUUGAUCUCAGUGCGCAGCUGAUUGUACAAGAGGAAGUAGAGGAGUCUCACCGAGGCACCUUUUCAACAGUCGAGGCGGCCUUCCAGAAUCUGGCCGAGAUGACAUCGUAUGCAUUGACCAUUGCAUUCUCUCGCCCGGACCAAUUUCAGUGGCCCAUACUCCCCAGCAUAGCCGCAGUGUAUGUUUCUGGUGGUCUGUAUACGUGGUUCGUCCGCAAGAGAAGGGGCCAUCUGCUGCACUUGUCGUGUAUCAUGGGCGAGAAGGGGUCUUCCCGGCCUGAGAGCGUGGAGCUUGGGCAUAGAGCGGCUUGA